UUCGUCUUGGGCUUUUUUUUGUUAUCGGCUCAGUAUGCUGGUGAUGCAGGGACUUUUGCGAUUCGUCCAUACUCAUGAGUAACACGAUGUGGUUGAAACGCGUUGUUUUCUGUCGUGGCUCCGGUGAUCGUGACCAAGCUUCCUUCACGGCAUGAGGCCGCGCUCAUCGUUUCACCGUUGCGGCCUCCUAAGCUCGCAACCGAAAGCCAUGAUAUUUCCUAGCUCUCAAAGUCAUCGACCUCACCUCCCAUUGCAGUCCAAUUUUAUUGUUGUGAGGAAUCUCUGCCUCGAUCUCGGUUAAUGUCAGAAUUAUCUUGCUCACUCUAUGUUCUCUGAUUCUGCUUCAUGUACCUUAACAAUUUCGUUGAUUCAGAUCGGAUUGAUACAUAAUCUUUCACAUUAAAUGUUAAAAUACUUAGUAUCUGAUAGCCGGGUUUGGAUAUUGAGUUCUGAAUUUUGGAAACCUUCUGUAAUUAUAAUUGCAGCUUCUUUUUCAUGUUCUGUCUGUUGCUUGAAUUCUCAGUACGGUUGUUAUGGUUCAACCACCAGCACACCAUUGUUCUGUAAUGUGUUUGAGUGAGAGAUAGUGACUGUAAUACGUGUCCUAGAUGUAAUUGCAGCUGCAUAUGCUAUUACUAGCUCUUUCUUCAUGUUCUUUCUUUUCCUUGAAUUCUCUGUACAUUCUAACUAUUGUUUCUGUCUGUGUUUAAAAUGGCGAUCGCCUUUUGCGCCAUGGCGCAAGGCGCACUGUGGCGAUGGCUCCACCGCCAUGGAACCCUGAGGCGAGCCUAGUUUCCCCAAGGGGCUCGCCUAGUUGCGCUUUGCCCAUAAGGCAGUGGCUUAAAGGCGAUGCAAAGGCGCGCCUUGGAGACUGUAAGUUAAUCGGCACUAAACCAAGUAGAAACUAAACCCUACUCUAACUAAUUAACCAAUCUUAAAACCAAACAUUAAAAAUACUCACCAAAACAUAGAUCUAACUGUGUUUUGCUUAAGGUUAGUGUAUUAUCUACUCUUCUCUAGUCUCAUAGGUUCUUCUUCUUAUUAUAACUUCUUUACAUAACACCAAUACUCGUGCUUGUUACAUAACACGACAAUAAGACAUAGUUAACGUUAACUUUCAACUAGUCUUCAAGGCGAGCGCCUCGGUGCGCCUUGGCGCAAGGCGCAAGGCACACACCUCAUCGCCAUGGAGCGCCAUGUGCCAUUUUAAACACAAGUUUCUGUUAUAAUAUAGAAAGUUUAGAUCUUGGAUCAACAACCAGCAUAACUGCUCUGUAUCUAUGACUGAGAGAGAUUUAGUGUGUGUAUUAAUAUGUGCUCUCGCUUGAAUAUCUUAACUUCUGAGACUUUGUACUUAUGGAUUCAGAUUUUUAGUUGUUUUAAUGUGUUAGAUAGAGCAUCAUUACGUGGCUUAGGAUUUGAUUAUUGUUGGCUACUUUCAUACAAACAAGAGGUUCGACAAUGUGGAGCUCUCUGGCGUUCCUAAGAAUAUCGUUUAAUAGCAAAAAGCUUGAAGCCUUAUCAAAGGGUAAAGAUAGAAACCCUGAGAUGCAGGUUUGUGUUUCUAAUCACGACAAAAGUUCUGGACAUCUUACUAUAGCAUGGAUACAUGAUUUGGAAGGAAAUAUAUGGGGAACAUCUGGACAAUUCGAAUGUGGCAUUGUAUUCGGAGUGGAAGUAGCUUUGGGUUAUGAAGAGAUUUGUUCAGAUUCUUCUGGGAACAGAGUGUUUAUUAGGAGAAAUAAUGGAUACAUGAAACUUAUCAAGCCUUUCACCAUGGAAAACAUAUUAAUGUCUCGGUUAUGUAGAGAGAAAAUGUACAUGGAGGAAAAUAUGUUUAGCCCCUUUCCAUCACAUUGUAAUUCAUUUUCGAGGCCAUUGGUUUUACUGAUGGUACAAAGGAUUUUAUAAGAACUAUGGAGAUUUUAUUAGCCGAGCUCAGAGUUGUAGAAUUCCUUAGCUAAGGAAGUUGGAAGAUCUAGGUCUUCAUGUUAAGAGAAUAAUG